AAACUAUCGAGCGAGUACCUGCUCCUGCGCCAGACUCCGAUCGUAUCCGUGUGUUUGAUAUCGAAAAAGAAUACAUCGCGACUUGCAUUCAAGGUAAGUUCGUAAACGUCUGGUGUUCACGUCCGUGGUUGACCGAAUAGCCUAUUUUGAGCAUGUCGACCCGAUUCAUCCAUUUCUCGACAGGCGGCGAUUCGAAAGCAUCGCUCUCAGUCCGAAUCUGAGCGACAAACUCGCCAGCGACAAGUCGUGGUCCGCACUGUUUUACGCUGUUCUCGCUCUGGGCUCGCAGUACCACGAUGGAGGUAGCUAUGAGCCUACAAAGAGUGGAAGCUGGCGGUUUUUUGGCACGGCUCUAGCCAUCUUUCCAGAUCUGUUGAUUAGCAGAACCACAUUGAACACGGUUCAAGCACUGACAGCCAUGGCAAUUUUUGCCUCGAAUCUUUCGUGUCUGCAAAUUGAAUACGCCAUGGUGUCAGAAGGGGCCAAGAAGGCACAAACACUAGGGUACAACAGAUCGACGGCUCCUGGUAACGAUGAACGGAACCGCACAUUCUAUGUUCUUUAUUUCCUUGAAAAGAACAUGUCGUUCAAUAUUGGCAGAUGCUCUACUAUCAUGGAUUCGGACAUCAGCAGUGCUAUCCCAACUCAGCCGUUAUUGUGCAGUGGCACAUCGUUUGACUGGACUCGUGCGUCUAUCCGGAUAUCACGACUCCUUAGUCGCAUAUACGCAUCUCUGUUCUCUGUCAGUGUACGAGGUAGACCGAAAGCCUACUACAAUACGACCAUCUACAACCUCAAGUCCGAGCUGGGAGCAUGGGCAAAGACGAUACCCAUGGAGCUUCGGCCAGGGCAACCUAUACGGCCGUAUACCCAAACCACGCAAAUGAUUGAUAUUGGUAUACGGCUCCAUUAUUUGUACCAUGGCACCAUGUUGCAUCUUGAUCGUACUGCUCUCCAGAUGGAGGAUGAGUCUGAUGCUCGGUCUGAUUUGGUGGACGGCAUUAUGCGUACAGCGCGGACGGUGCUCGAGCUCACAAAGUUUAUCGAUAUGCAGCCUUACACACCCAUUUGGGUUCUUGCCAGCGUUCCGUUGGCUGCUUAUCUUGUUCUUUUCGACAUGGUCAUAGAUAAUCCGACCCAUCCAAAAACCACAGCCAAUUUGGCCUUGCUCGAUGUUGGCUGUGGUCAUUUCAGUGGCUUGGAGUACGCUUCGCAGGGAACACUCCCAGGGUCCAUCGCAUCGGAGUUCACACAGAUAGCGCGAACUUAUGUGCGGGCGCAAAACGACUCUGAGAAGAAUAGCCACCCAAAAUCGUCUGCCAUGUAUGCCGAAGGUGUGGCCCCGAUUGAGGGGCCGCAGGAAACAACAGUCGCUGAGGCGCCAUCAGCUUUUCCUUCAUACGCGGAUUUGCAGCCAUUCCCUCUAGGAUGGAAUCUUCGGAAUGACGGUGGGACAAUGCUCGACGGCGAGUCGCUGGACUUGUUCGGCUCGUACUAUCCGCUCUGGGAUGAGGGUGCGGCGUACAACACGAUGAACCUGUAAUUGUAUGUAAAAUUAGUUGUAUAAGUAGCAUUGAUAGACACUAAGUCAGUAGUCGCUUGAGU